GUGUAAUAACAUGGUUAACAAGUUCUUUAUCCCCUGACAUUGCGGAUAGUGUCCAGUACUCUGAAACAGCUGAAGAAAUAUGGAGACAGUUAAAUAAAAGAUAUGGAACAGUAGGUGGAACUAAAGCCUUUGAAAUUAAGAAAGAACUUGCCUCUACCUGUCAAGGCUCCCUAGAUAUUGCAUCUUAUUUUAACAAGUUAAAGAAAUCGUGGGAUGAAUUGAGGGUUGUUCGUAGAAACCAUGGAUAUCACUGCACUUGUGGUGCAAAAGAAGACAGUGCAUAUAAUAUUCUUCUUCAAGAUGAAAGGCAAAGGCAGAUCAACUCCAAUUCUCAGUUUGGCCCUGAUUCAGCUGCCUUCCCUGCCAAAAUCAACUUCAAUAAUCAUUCUAGUCCCAACACAAAUUAUAAGUCUCCUAGUUCCAACACUCAGAGACAAUAUAUUCAAAGACUUCAUGGUUUUCUUCCUGAUUUCAAAUUCAACAAAGGAAAGAAAAUUACAGCAAAUGCAACUAUUGGAGCAGAGCUUUCUUCUGACUCUUCUUCUCCUUCUGUUGCUGGGACUACUAGCAAUGAUACACAAGGUUCAUUGGUACCUGGUUUAACCAUGCAGCAAUAUUCUCAGCUAAUGGCCAUUUUACAACAUUCUCGCCAGCCUGAUUCUGCUCCUCAGUCUGACUUCAUGGCUUCUGCCAACUUUGCUGGUAAAGUGCUCAUUCCAAAAGUAGUGACUUGUUCUCUAGCUUGCAUGUUGAGUCAGCCUUCACCUCAUAAGUGGAUUAUUUAUUCAGGAGCAUCUGACCACAUGACUUAUAACAAAGAUCUUUUAACCAACAUUACACCUUUGCCUAUUCCUUACCUUGUCACACUUCCUAAUGGAUAUAAAGUUAAAGUUACUUGCACUGGGUCUUUUUCUUUAUAUACUUCCAUCAUUCUUCCAGAUGGCCCUUCUCUGAAGAUGCCUCUGGAGCUUGGUAAACUAGAGGAUGGGCUUUACAAGUUUGUCUGCACUACUGCAUUCUCUUCUUCAGCUCAAAAUGCUUCUACUAUGACUUUUGCCUAUAGUUUUCCAUCUUUACCUUCUACUAUUGAUGUUCCUAGCUCUAAUUCAUUGUGUAACUCUAGUUCUUUUCAAAAUUCUUUAUCUUCAUCUGUGUCAUCCUGUAAUGAAGCUACACUGAGUAAAAUGGAUAUUGUUUGGCAUCAAAGACUUGCACAUGUUCCUUUUGUUAGAAUGAAGGGCAUUUUUGCUAUAUCGUCCUCUUUAUCUUCCAAGCAACAAUUUCCUUGUGAAAUAUGUCCUAUGGCUAGACAAACCAGACUCCCUUUCCCUGAUAGCUCCAUUCAUAGUACUCAUCCCUUCCAACAUAUACAUGUGAAUUCUUGGGGACCCUACCACACUCCUACUUAUUCUGGUUCCAGAUAUUUUCUAACCAUUGUUGAUGAUUUUUCUAGAUCCACUUGGACUCAUUUAAUGGGUUCCAAAAGUAAUGCAUUUUCCUUGAUUAAAGCUUUUGUGGCCAUGGUCAAAACUCAAUUUCACAUUACUAUCCAAACAAUCAGGAGUGACAAUGCCUUAGAACUUGGGGGUAGCUAUUCUGCCAUUUCUUACUUCUCUGAUAAUGGCAUUAUCCAUCAAACUACUUGUCCUCAUACACCACAACAAAAUGGUGUAGUUGAGAGAAAGCAUAGAACUUUACUUGAGGCUUAUAGAGCUUUGCUUUUUCAAUCCAAGACAUUUGGAUGUCUGGCCUAUGCUACUGUACCAAUUCCUCAUAGGGAUAAACUGAAAACAAGAGUGAUGCCUUGUGUCUUUCUUGGUUAUCCCUUUGCCAAGAAAGGUUACAGACUUUAUAACCUAAAAACCAAGCAAUUCCUUGUGUCCAGGGAUGUUGUAUUUCAUGAAGAUGUCUUUCCCUUCUCUUCUUCCUCCCAUGUUCCACAAACUCCUGUCACUUUUCCCCCUCCUUCUCCUUCCUCUCAUAUUUCAGAUUCUUUACCUCUUACUUCUCCCACUCCUGAUCUUAUUCAUCCCAAUCCUGACCCUGCUUCUCCUGUGCCUUCUUCCCCUUCUAUUCCUAUUUUUGCACCAUCUUCUCUUUCUCCUGCUCUUAUUACUUCUCCUUUUUCUGAUCCAACCUCUCCAUGUGUUAUUUCUUCCCCUGUUCCUAUUACAACAGCUCCUCCUCCUACUGCUGGUCCACUCAGAAGGUCUGACAGACCUUAUACCCUUCCAUCCCACUUGACUGAUUAUGUCUGCCAAUUGCCUCCCUCAUUCUCUUGCACCAGUACUUUGACUCCUCAUGCUAUGUUUGAACCCACUACUUAUUCCCAAGUUGCACCUAUUCCAGCUUGGCAAGAUGCUAUGAGGAAAGAGUUUGAGGCCCUCGAGGCCAAUCACACUUGGGAUAUUGUAGCUUUGCCUAGUGGAAAGAAACCUAUUGGCUGUAAAUGGGCCUAUAAGAUUAAGUAUAAAGUUGAUGGUACUAUUGAGAGGUAUAAAGCUAGGCUUGUUAUAAGGGGUGACACCCAAGUUGAGGGAGUGGAUUUCAAUGAAACUUUCUCCCCUGUUGUAAAGAUGUCCACUGUUAAAUGUCUCAUUGAUGUUGCAGUUAAGAGAGGUUGGUCUUUGUACCAAUUAGAUGUUAAUAAUGCUUUCUUGCAUGGUGAUUUGGAUGAGGAGGUCUAUAUGAAGCUUCCUCCUGGUCUUUCUGUCACUACUGCCUCCUCCUCUUCUUCUCCUCCCUUAGUCUGUCGUUUACAAAAGUCCCUUUAUGUCUUGAGACAAGCUUCUAGACAGUGGUAUGCCAAGCUUUCUCAAGCCCUCUACUCUAGAGGUUAUGCUCAUUCUCUUAAUGAUUACUCCUUAUUCAUCAAAGGCUCUUCUGGUAAUAUGAAGAAAUUUAUCUCUGAUAUUUUGAAGGAGUUUGAUUGCCUGGAGGUUGCCUCUGUUGUUUGUCCUCUUGACUUGAACUCCAAACUGAAAGCUGGUGACCUCUUGACUCAACCUGAAAGGUAUAGGAGCUUGGUUGGGAAGUUGUUAUUCCUCACUCACACUAGGCCUGACAUUUGUUUUAGGGUGCAACACCUUAGUCAAUUUCUUCAGUCUCCACGAGUCCCUCACAUGGCUGCUGCUCUACACAUGCUGAGGUACCUCAAGGGAAUCUUUGAUCUUGGCCUCUAUUACUCUAACUCUUCUGAUUUCACUGUCUCAGCUUAUUCAGACAGUGAUUGGGCAGCCUGCCCGGACACCAGAAGGUCUGUUACUGGUUUUUGUGUCUUUUUGGGUGAUAGCUUAAUCUCUUGGAAGUCUAAAAAGCAGCCUGUGGUGUCUUUAUCUUCCGCUGAGGCUGAAUAUAAA